UAAGCAUAUAAAAAGAUAAACAACGAACGCGAAAAUCUUUCUAUACCUUCUUCGAUCUGCCUGCGUCGAAAACCCUAAUUCAUUUUGACGAGAUGGCUUCUUCUGCAACGAAAGAACCGAGCUUGAAGAAACUGGAGUAUCUAUCGCUCGUAUCAAAGGUAUGUACUGAACUCGAAUCACACUUAGGGUUUGGAGAUAAAGUGUUAGCCGAAUUCAUCACCGAAUUAGGUCGUAAAUGCGAAACCGUGGAUGAAUUCGAUACUAAAUUGAAAGAAAACGGUGCUGAAAUGCCUGAUUACUUCGUUCGCACUUUGUUAACCAUCAUUCACGCCAUUUUGCCCCCUAAAAAGAAGUCUAAAUCUGAUAAAGAUGGUCCCAAAGGUGAUGAUAAUGCCCCGAAAUCGAGCUUUCCGGCUUUAAAUAUUGGGGAUACUAAGGAUAGAGUUAAGGAAUUGGAGAAGGAGAUUGAGAAAGAAGCAAGAGAGAGAAGAAAUAAAGAUGGUGAUGAUGGUGGUAGAGAUUAUAGGGAUAGAGAUAGGGACAGGGACAGGGAUAGACGAAGGGAGAGAGAGAACGAUGAUCGGUACGAUAAACACGAACACGAUAAAUACGACCGAAGAAGAGGAGAUGGAGAUGAUAGGGGUGGUAACAGGGGUAGAGAUAGGUAUCGAGACGAUGAUAGAGGUAGUCGCAGGGGCAGGGAUCGGGAUCGGGAUCGUGACGAAAGAGAUGAUGAAGAUAAUAGGGGAAAGGGUUACGGGAAUAAUAAUAGAUCGGACGAGCCGGAAUUGUAUCAUGUGUAUAAAGGGAGAGUGACGCGAGUUAUGGAUAGUGGAUGUUUUGUUCAGCUUAAUGAUAUCAGGGGUAAAGAAGGUCUGGUUCAUGUCUCACAAAUGGCGACUAGGAGAAUUGCUAAUGCAAAAGAUGUUGUUAAAAGAGAUCAAGAGGUUUUCGUUAAGGUGAUAUCGAUUUCGGGUCAGAAGUUGAGUUUGUCAAUGAGGGAUGUGGAUCAGAAUACUGGGAGGGAUUUGUUGCCGUUGAAGAAAAGUGGAGAUGAGGAGUCGUUGAGAACUAAUCCGUCAAAAGGGUCAAAUAACGGGUCUACGACUAGAACCGGGCUUUCGGGGAUACGGAUAACUGAUGAAGAUGUAGGUGUGCCGUCACGCAGACCGUUGAAGCGAAUGAGUUCUCCAGAAAGAUGGGAGGCGAAACAGUUGAUUGCUUCAGGGGUUUUGAGUGUGAAGGAGUAUCCGAUGUACGAUGAUGAAACCGAUGGUAUGCUUUAUCAAGAAGAAGGUGCUGAAGAAGAGCUUGAAGUUGAGUUGAACGAAGAUGAGCCUGCGUUUUUGCAAGGACAGACACGUUACUCGAUGGACAUGUCACCUGUUAAAAUUUUUAAAAAUCCGGAAGGUUCUUUGAGCCGUGCAGCAGCUUUACAGUCGGCUCUUAUUAAAGAAAGAAGAGAAGUUAGAGAACAACAACAAAGAACAAUGCUUGAUUCGAUUCCAAAAGAUCUGAAUCGUCCGUGGGAAGAUCCAAUGCCUGAAACAGGUGAGAGACAUCUGGCGCAAGAGCUGAGGGGAGUUGGUCUAUCGGCUUACGAUAUGCCAGAAUGGAAAAAGGAUGCUUUUGGUAAAGCUUUGACUUUCGGUCAAAGGUCAAAGCUUUCUCUUCAAGAACAGCGACAGAGCUUACCUAUCUACAAGUUAAAAAAGGAACUGGUUCAGGCUGUGCACGAUAAUCAGGUUUUGGUUGUUAUUGGUGAAACGGGAUCAGGGAAAACAACUCAGGUGACACAGUAUCUAGCCGAAGCGGGUUACACCACAAGGGGAAAGAUAGGGUGCACGCAGCCUCGUAGGGUGGCUGCAAUGUCGGUUGCAAAACGUGUCGCAGAGGAGUUUGGUUGUCGGUUAGGUGAAGAAGUCGGUUACGCCAUUCGGUUUGAAGAUUGUACGGGUCCAGAAACCGUAAUCAAGUACAUGACUGACGGUAUGCUUUUAAGAGAAAUCUUAAUCGACGAAAACCUCUCGCAAUACUCCGUAAUCAUGCUUGAUGAAGCUCACGAACGAACGAUCCAUACCGAUGUCCUUUUCGGAUUAUUAAAACAACUUAUCAAAAGAAGAAGCGACCUUCGGUUAAUUGUCACUUCAGCUACACUAGACGCCGAGAAAUUUUCUGGUUAUUUCUUCAGCUGCAAUAUUUUCACCAUUCCCGGUAGGACUUUUCCUGUCGAGAUACUUUAUACCAAACAACCCGAAAGUGAUUACCUUGAUGCUGCCUUAAUUACGGUGAUGCAAAUCCAUUUAACCGAACCUGAAGGUGACAUUCUUGUUUUCUUAACGGGUCAAGAAGAAAUCGAUCAUGCUUGUCAGUGUCUGUACGAGAGAAUGAAAGGGUUGGGUAAAAAUGUACCCGAACUUAUUAUUUUACCAGUUUAUAGCGCACUCCCUAGUGAAAUGCAAUCAAGGAUUUUCGAGCCUGCGCCUCCAGGUAAACGAAAAGUGGUUGUUGCAACUAACAUUGCCGAAGCGUCAUUGACAAUCGAUGGUAUAUUUUACGUCAUUGAUCCCGGGUUUGCUAAGCAGAAUGUGUAUAACCCGAAACAAGGGCUUGAUUCUCUCGUGAUUACUCCAAUUUCGCAAGCGUCGGCUAAGCAAAGAGCAGGUCGUGCGGGCCGAACGGGCCCGGGAAAGUGUUACAGGCUUUACACCGAAAGUGCUUUCAAUAACGAGAUGUCACCGACUUCGAUUCCGGAAAUUCAGAGGAUUAAUCUUGGGUUGACUACUUUGACUUUGAAAGCUAUGGGGAUUAACGAUCUACUAGCUUUCGAUUUCAUGGACCCACCAUCCCCGCAAGCGCUUAUAUCCGCCAUGGAACAGCUGUACAGUCUUGGAGCUUUGGAUGAAGAAGGACUUUUAACGAAAUUAGGUCGGAAAAUGGCGGAGUUCCCGUUAGAACCGCCUUUAUCGAAGAUGCUUCUUGCCAGCGUGGAUUUGGGGUGUAGUGAUGAAAUUUUGACUAUUAUUGCAAUGAUUCAAACUGGAAAUAUCUUUUAUAGACCUAGGGAAAAACAAGCACAAGCUGAUCAAAAAAGGGCGAAGUUUUUUCAAGCUGAAGGUGAUCAACUCACUUUGCUGGCAGUUUAUGAGGCUUGGAAAGCGAAAAAUUUUUCGGGCCCGUGGUGCUUUGAAAAUUUUGUUCAGUCACGGUCUCUUAGACGGGCCCAGGAUGUCCGGAAGCAGCUUCUUUCGAUUAUGGACAAGUACAAAUUGGAUGUUGUAAGUGCCGGGAGAAAUUUCACCAAAAUACGCAAGGCAAUAACAGCCGGUUUCUUCUUUCACGCUGCAAGGAAGGACCCACAAGAAGGAUACCGGACCAUAGUUGAGAAUCAGCCCGUUUAUAUACACCCAAGCAGUGCUCUUUUCCAGAGACAGCCCGAUUGGGUCAUCUAUCACGAGUUGGUUAUGACAACAAAAGAGUACAUGCGUGAGGUUACUGUCAUCGAUCCCAAAUGGCUUGUUGAGCUGGCCCCUAGAUUCUUCAAGGUGUCGGACCCAACAAAAAUGAGUAAACGCAAGCGGCAAGAGCGGAUUGAGCCACUUUAUGAUAGGUACCAUGAACCCAACUCCUGGCGGUUGAGUAAAAGACGGGCUUGAACCGGUUUUAUUAUUUUUGUUACAAACGGUUUGGUAGUAUACCUCUAUUUUGUAAUUUACUUACUUGAACAUGGAGUGUAGUUUCUGUUGUUGAAGAUCUUUUAUCCACUGAAAUCUUUUUUCUGUA